ACAAUGGAAAAAUAACAUUUGCACAUACAGUACAAAUAUUUGUUAUGCAAAGUCUCCUAUGACAGCUAAAACAUUUGCUGCUGAGAAUCACAGACAGAUGUUACAUACAUUGAAGCAGAGGUUGAUGUGGCUGUAAUGUUCUGUUAAUACACAAACUAAGUUGUCUGUCUACAGUGGAAAUGUGUUUACAGAAAUGUGACUAACUCAGAACUGUUUCGAUUUAUUUUGCAGAUAAAAAAAAAAAAAUAUCAUCACAAAUAACACCCGAGUGCACCACGGGUAUGAAGAACUAAACCUUCUGUCUAUCAUUGGCAUCGCAGGAAGUCCAAUGUUUGUUGAGCACCAUAGUGCUGCUUUGGAGCACAGGUGAUGGGUGGCUGAGCACAGCAGCAGCCCUGCUUGGAGGGUCUAGCCUAUAGCCUCUCUCAGUGCCAGGAUGACUAUGCCAGAGAGCACUACAGUUUUCUUUAAUCUGAGCUUCCCUGUGGAGUGGAAUCAGUCUGACUCCAUACCGGAGACACCUGACAAGGAGAAGAACUGGCCUGCUCUGCUCAUCUUAAUGGUCAUCUUCUUCACUGUGGUGGGCAACAUCCUGCUCAUCCUAGCUGUGUCUCUGGAGAGGAAGCUGCAGAAUGCCACCAGCUUCUUCCUGCGCUCCCUGGCUGUGGCAGACAUGCUUGUGGGUUUUCUCGUCAUGCCGGUCUCACUGAUCAACAUUCUCUAUGACUACGUGUGGCCCUUCCCCAGACCCCUCUGUCCCGUCUGGAUCUACCUAGACGUGCUGUUCUCCACAGCAUCCAUCAUGCACCUGUGCGCCAUCUCACUGGACCGCUAUGUGGGCAUCUGUAACCCCAUCCAACAUAGCCGCUCCAACACCCUCUCCAAGGCCAAGGCUAAGAUCGCCCUCGUCUGGACCAUCUCCAUAGUGAUCUCAACACCCAUCCCUGUGAUUGGCCUGUAUGACGAGGGGAAGGUGUUUGUCAACGGGACCUGUGUACUGAACGAGCACAGCUUCGUCCUGAUUGGCUCCUUUGUAGCCUUCUUUGUCCCUCUGGUUAUCAUGGUGGUCAGCUACUGUUUGACUGUGCGUGUUCUGCAGCACCAAGCUUCUGACUUCCUGCAUGGAGGCCAGGCUUCAAUCAACCAGCCGGCCCUACUCAGGAUCACCCCAAGGUCCCCUGCAGGGGACAGUUUCCGUCUCCUCAAACAGGACCCUGCCCCUGAGGCCUUGCCAGCUGUUGGUUCCUCCGACGUUUCCGUCUCUCAAGCCUCCCUUCAACCCAUCUCUCCAACAGCGAGACAGGAGUCAGGGGGAGCUGGCAUGGCUCAAUCAAUCAAAAAUGAGAGGAGAGCCUCCAUGGUCCUGGGUGUGGUGUUUUUCCUCUUCCUGAUUAUGUGGUGUCCAUUCUUCAUCACCAAUGUGCUGAGCGUGUUGUGUGAGGACUCGAUAAUAAGCCUGUGCAAUAAGCCCGUGUUGGCAGUGCUCCUAAAGGUCUUUGUUUGGGUGGGAUAUGUCUCCUCUGGUGUCAACCCACUGGUCUACACUCUAUUCAACAGGACCUACAGACAGGCCUUCCACCGCUACCUACAGUGUAUCUACCACAGCCCGCCAGCCAAGAGCACCAAGAAUAUUUCUGUUAAUACCGUCACGCCUAUUCUAUGCAGUAAAGAUGCCAACGACUGUAGCUGUAACAGCCACAAUGGGUAUAAAGGGGAAAUGAAAGGAAGAAUGGGGUUGGAUAGAGAGGGUACAGGGUCUGGGAUGCUUGAGAAGUUGGCCAGUGUCUAUCCCACCACCGCUGAGGAAGUCAGCUGUGUCUGAACUGGCUGGCUGGCCUACUGUCUUUCCCCUCCAGGCUCUCUACAUACAAAACAUUGUUGUGACACAGCUGUUGCUUCAUGUCACUGCCUGGAUUCUCCAGCUCAUCUUCCUGUUCAAAAACAGGAGGUGUACUGGAUUCUCAAUCUCCACUUCCUGUUCAAACACAGGAGAUGUACUGGAUUCUCCAGCUCCACUUCCUGUUCAAACACAGGAGAUGUACUGGAUUCUCCAGCUCCACUUCCUGUUCAAACACAGGAGAUGUACUCAAUGUCUCCCUGUUGCUGGACCUGUAAACAUGACUCAAUGAGAUAUGAAAUAGUGUUAAGUCUGCACAAUUGAUACUGUAUGUGUCAGACAUUAAUUACAGCUAGUGAGUAAUAUGUGUGUAGUCAGUGUGGUUAUUGUAAUGAAAUGUCCAUGAACUGCACUACUAGUAAAUCAAAAGGUGUUUGCAUCUCUCACAACAGGGCUUUGAGGGUCAUUUACAGGAAAACCACUUGCUGUAUCUCUCUGUAAUCCUGGAGCCACAGUGCCACCUAAUGGAAAUAUACUGUACAAUACAUAAAAAUGUAAUUUCUUACUAGAAGUUUUUUUCUGUCUGUAUGAUAGUCAAAGAUAAUAGUCAAGUCAAAGAUAAUAGUAUUGCACUUGAAUGGGAAACAGAUGUCUUCAUGGACAAGGAGAUGUUUCACUCCCCAUUUACCUCAAGACUGGUUCAUAUUUCUGACAGAGUGAGGCCAGGAACCACACCCUAUGAGUAUUGUUUUCUUCGUA